AGUGAGGAUUUAUAUAAACAAAUGGCGGAUCGUAUCGUAGCAGACGGCUAUAAAGAUGCUGGCUAUGAAUACGUCUGUAUCGAUGAUUGUUGGUUGGCUCCUACCAGAGAUGCAAAUGGCCGACUGCAGCCUGAUCCUAACAGAUUUCCUAGCGGAAUGAAAGCUUUGGCAGAUUAUAUUCAUUCUAAAGGACUGAAAUUUGGUAUUUAUGAAGAUUUUGGCGUAAAGACCUGCGCUGGAUAUCCGGGAAGUGAAUAUUAUUUAGAACUGGAUGCCCAGACGUUUGCGGACUGGGGUGUUGACUUACUGAAGUUUGAUGGAUGUGGUGCAAACGCUGCUGACUUUGCGUACGGGUAUCCUGCUAUGACGUUUUUCCUGAAUAAAACUGGACGACCAAUCUUAUAUUCCUGCGAAUGGCCUGGACACGCCCACAAUACGGCGAGUUAUAGUGCUGUACGUAAAUACUGUAAUACAUGGAGGAACUAUAUAGAUAUAAAUGACAAUUGGCAGAGUUUUGCAGGUCCUGGUGGAUGGAACGAUCCAGAUGAGUUGUGUAUUGGUGAUUUUGCCCUGAGUUUGGACCAGGAGAGAACACACAUGGGAAUGUGGGCGAUAUUUGCUGCUCCACUAUUGAUGUCCAAUGAUCUUAGAAACAUUCGGAACGUGUCACGUGAUUUGCUGUUGAACAAACGUCUGAUUGCUGUAAAUCAGGAUCCUCUUGGAAUUCAAGGCAAACUGGUUUAUAACAAAACAGUUAUAAGAAUAUGGACUAAGCCCAUUACUCCUGUUGGAAGUUACGCCAUUGCCUUUGUCAACUUUGAUGGUGGUGGACGUCCAACACAUCUAACGGUAAAAUGUGGGGAUGUUGGUUUGACCAAUGCUGUGGGAUAUAACGUUACAGAUACAUUUACUGGAGAUGCCGUGGGUACCUUUAAACCAGGAGAUGAAUUCGACGUGUUUGUUAACCCCACGGGAAUUAUAAUGUUCACCGCGAUUCCUUUACAACCAAAUUAAUCAAUUGGAAUAUUUAUAUCGGGUGGCCCAGAAAAAAACCCUGAUAAUAUUUAUUUAAUCCUACAAGAAUUAUCAUGUUUACUGCUAUUC